AAUCCUUGCUUACUUCUUUUUUUUUUAAUUUUUUUCAAAUCUCUCUGCAAAGGAACAGUAGCAGGGGCAGAAGCAGAAGAUCUGCAUUCUUCAUUCUCACACAUUCCCUUGUUAAAGUUCCCAUUUUGGGAAACCAAAGCCUUUUCUUUUUUCUAUCCUCAGCUGUUCCUGUCUAGCUUCUCUUUUUGUGCUCUUAUCUUCCAUGAAAAACGCAGGAAAAGAAACUAAGGAAAAUGGGUGAAGAAUCAGUAACAGCAGACAGAGCAGUUGAGCAGGCAAUUGUUGCAUUGAAGAAGGGUGCGCAUCUUCUUAAGUUUGGUGAAAGAGGGAAGCCAAAAUUCUGCCCAUUCAGGCUAUCUCCGGAUGAGAAACUUUUAAUAUGGUAUUCUGGUAAGGAGGCAAGAGAAUUAAAGUUGAACUCAGUUACAAACAUUAUCCAUGGGCAGAAAACUGUAAAUUUCCAAAGGCACCCUCAACCAGAAAAGGAGUCACAGUCUUUUUCACUUGUCUAUGGAAAUGGUGAAUGCACUCUAGAUCUGAUUUGCAAGGAUAAGGAGCAGGCUGACUCUUGGGUUUUGGGCUUAAGAGCCUUGAUAUCAAGGUCUGACCGCCCUAAAUCUUUGAAUUUGUGGAGCCGUCGAGGAGCACAAACCUGUGCCAAUAGUCCAGUUGGUUAUUCACGAAGAAAGAAAGAUCUAGAGCUACUGGAGGGUUCCAUCAAAGUUUCUCAGAUGCACAGCUUAUGUGGGAGUCCACGUUCACUGGAUGAGAGGUGUCUUUCAGAUGGCUUGUUAUAUUCUUCUGAGAGCUUUUAUUCAUCAGCACCAAGAACGUUGUCAAACAUUCAAAGUGUAAUGGGUACUGUAUUUCCAAAUUCAUUUUAUUUGGAGCCGGAUUAUCUGAAUGAGAAGAAAGAAGCUUACACCAGCACAGGGUCUCAUAAGAAUCUCCUUAAUGGGGUCAGUUCCCACACUCAUUGUUUUUCAACAUCAGACAAGAAUGAUAUUUUGAGGGAUGUGUUUCUAUGGGGUGAAGGGUUAGGAGGAAUUUCAGGGGGUGGUGUUGACAGAUGUGAUACCUCAAGUCAUGCUCAAUCCGAUUCUUUGGUCCCCAAAUUAUUAGAAUCCAUAAUGAUGUUAGAAGUGCAGACGAUUUCUUUAGGAAGGAAACAUGCUGGUUUGGUUACCAAACAGGGUGAGGCCUAUUGCUGGGGAGAAGGAAGUGGGGGAAAACUUGGGCACAAAACUAAUAUGGAUGUGUCUGAUCCCAAAAUUGUUGAAUCCCUUAAUGGGGUUAAUGUGAAAUCCAUUUCAUGCAGUGAAUGUUACACGUGUGCUCUCACGCUUUCUGGUGAACUUUAUAUAUGGGGGGACAACAAUCAUGGCGGCGGCUUCAUUGGGGAUGGGAAAAAUAGGAGUAAGUGGCUGCCUUAUAAACUUUCUGGUCCACUGGAUGGAAUAAGUAUAUCAGGUGUUGCAUGUGGGGAAUGGCACAUGGCAAUUGUUUCUUCCUCUGGGCAGUUAUUUACAUGUGGAGAUGGGACAUUUGGGGUUCUUGGACAUGGUAAUCUGCAAAGCAUUUCCCAACCAAAAGAGGUUGAAUCUCUGAAAGGAUUAAGGGUAAUGUCUGUUGCAUGUGGGCCAUGGCACAUGGCUGCUAUUGUCGAUAUCAUGGUUGAUCAUUUCAAUACAAGUGUUCCCGGUGGAAAAUUAUUUACGUGGGGUGAUGGGGAUGAAGGAAGGCUUGGGCAUGCUAGCCAGGGAACGAAGGUUCUACCAACUUGUGUUGCACAACUCGUGGAUCAUGAUUUUCUUCAAGUAUCUUGUGGAAUAACGCUGACUGUUGGACUCACAGAUACGGGUAUAGUGUACACAAUGGGAAGUAAAAAGCAUGGGCAACUGGGGAAUCCACAGGCCCGAGAUAAAUCAAUUACAAUUGUGGAAAGCAAACUCAAGGGAGAGUUUGUUAAGGAAAUCUCAUCAGGAUCAUAUCAUGUAGCAGUCUUGACGUUGAGGAAAAGAGUUUACACAUGGGGAAAGGGUGCAAAUGGACGUCUAGGAUUAGGUGAUAUUGAAGAUAGAAACUCUCCAACAGUAGUGGAGGUCUUGAGAGAUAGACAAGUAGAAAGUAUUUCUUGUGGAUCCAGUUCCACAGCUGCAAUUUGUUUGCACAAAUCUAUAUCCAGUAUGGAUCAAUCUGUUUGUAGUGGAUGUAGCAUCAUAUUUGGGUUUACCAGGAAGAAGCAUAAUUGUUAUAACUGUGGCCUUUUGUUCUGCCAUCCAUGUAGUAGUAAAAAGGUUAUUAAUGCUUCUUUGGCACCAAAUAAAAGCAAGCCCUUUAGGGUCUGUGAUUCUUGUUUCAAUCAACUGAGGAACAAUGGACGAUCCGAUAAAGUACUAAAGUCAGAGAACCCAAGCCCAAGACUGGCCCCAUGGAAGCCAUGCUCUGAUUUGAAAGUAAGCACUGGAGAAGCGACAUUUACACAGGGCCCACUGAUUUCACCCAAACUUUCCAGCCAAGAAGAAGCAAAAUGCAUUGAGGAGCAAACCUCGUCAAAACAAUGGGGAAAUGAGCUUCCUCUACAAACUGGUUCACCUUUUUUAUCUACUCUACCAAGAUGGGGGCAAGUCCCUAUCCCCCUGUCAUUCAGCAAAUAUGAUAGCGAAAAUUCUCCAGCAUUUCACCAUAUCUCCAGAAAUGAAUCAUCUUCUGCUCCAUCUGUCCAUUCACAACAGAUGGUCUAUGAAUCAGAAUCUAAUUUUCCAACUGCUAUGGUAGUAAAUAAUGGCUUAUAUGAAUCAGAGAGGACCCUUGGUGAAGAAGUCGAGCAUUUAAGAGCUGAGGUGAAGAACCUUGAAAAACAGUGCCAAAUGAAAAGCAGGAAGAUCCAUGAAUAUCAGCAACAGAUUGAGGAAACAUGGUCAAUAGCAAGGGAGGGGGCUGCUAAACGUAAGGAUGCAAAAGAAGUUAUAAGAGCUUUAAAAGCGAGGUUACUGGUCAUGUUGGAGAGACAUUCAACUGCAACAGAAGCAAACACUUUCUCUGCACUCAGCCAUGGAGCUGAGGCCCAUCAGCGUCAUUCCCUACCAACCUCUACAGAUAAUCCAGAAUUAAAUGCUGCAGACCCCACUUUGCUCUUUACCAAUCAAUUGCCACCUCCAGUUGCUGUGCUUAAGAACAGGCUAGGUGACCCAUGUAGCUCACCUAUGUCAUCUUGUGAUACACUGUCUAGUAUGUGCUGUACUAGAUCGGUGGAAGGUUUACAUGUUGCAAGGACAGAUUCUAGACAAACUGUCACUAAAGAAUUGAAGACAGAGUGGGUAGAGCAAGAUGAACGUGGUGUGUAUGUUACAUUGCUAAGUUUACCGAGUGGAAGGAAUGGACUGAUUCGGGUGAGAUUCAGUCGGAAGCGAUUCAAUAAAAAAGAAGCUGAGCAAUGGUGGGAAGAGAAUCAAUUAAAAGUAUAUGAAAAAUACGACAUUGAAAGGCACAUCAGUCCCAGCACAAAAAAGAUGGAAGGUUGACGUUUCUCCUCCAUUACUUUUUAUAGUUCUGCCUAAUAUUUGAGUUCAUCAGAUAUUCCAUCUGCAGCAUGUCAAGAAGGAUCAUCACUGAACCCAAU